AUGGACAACUUCAACAUCCGAGUGAGCACUGUGGAGCAAACGGUCGAGAUCCACGUGAGCAAUACCGCGACAGACCGUCACUGUGCGAUGGAGGAGAGCGUCAGCAAGGUCGACGUUACCCAAGAUCGUCAGCGGAAGGAGUGUGCGGCCAUGAUCACGGAAGCCUUGCAGACGAAGGUGGGCCCCGCUCUCCAGGCAGCCUUCUCACAGGUCGGUGCCGAGCUCGUCAACUAUGCGGUGAAGAUCAACACGUUCAAGCACGAGGUCCGCAAGCUAAAGAUCAGGACGGCCUGGACCGAGAAGGAUCUGAUGUACACAGAUCGAAGCUGCCAAGAGGGCCCUGGUGAUGAGCACAGAUUGCAAGAAGUUCUGGCCCCGAUCUCCGUCCUCACAGUCCCGACUUACGACGCCAGAAAGAAGGUCAUGGAUGCCUGCUCGAGAGCAGUGGUUCGCAACUGGCACGAGGUCAAGGACGAGGCCGGGCACGAGAAAGACGAGAAGGACAAGGACGACGAGGAGAAGACCAGAGCAGACAAGCAGGACACGCCAAGCCAUUGCAAGCACCGAUCCACCGAAGGACGCCGACAUGAGGGAAGAAGGCAAAGGCUCACAGCCUUCACAGAAAGAGCACCCCUACACGGCUUGAUGAACGCCUACCAGCGCCUCUUCAGCCACUUCAAGAAGGAGUCUUUGGUGCCAAAUGGAAGACCCGCGCCUUGGAGGGUGAGCCUUCGGAUGAUUCGGAUGCCGCAGAAGCCAAUGAUGAUGAAGGUGACACCACCGAUGCUGGCGAGGAGGAAGGCCACCCAGCUACCCGCUCGGGGUCGCACCCUUGUGAAGACGGUCGUGGCCAAUGGUACGCUCUUCUGCCGAUGCUGCAGGGCGCCGCAGACCGAUGAUUCCGCGCAAUCUCGCAACAGCAGCGACCGGGACGAGCAGUUCAAGCUGAGGAUGAUGCAGGAAGGCCGGGCCAUGGAGAUCGCUGCGGUCAAUCGCGAUGCCCGGAAGAUCCUCACGUUUGACGGCGAGGUCCAGAUCAACUCAGAUAACGCAGACGCCAUCGCUGCCGAGCUCACCCAUAUCCGUGCGGACAGCGUGCAAAGUGCAGAGCGUCAGAAUGCGGGAUCUGAGAGGUUGGCCGAGCAAAACCGCCAAGUCGCGGCUCGCCACCAUCCCGUCCCAAAGGGACCCGGACACACGGCCGCACGGCCGAGCGUUUCUAUCGGGUAUACUCAGGCCCAAUGGGACGAGUAUUGCCUUUCCCGCAGCCAACAAGGCCAAUAUUCGCAAGCCGAAUGGGAUGCCUGGAACCGCUCCCGUCGGUAUUGA